CAUGCACAGAAGCUCACCAGCAUGCACAUAAAGUGCAAGCUGUCCUCCAAAAUCUGGUAAAAUCGGUCUUAAGGUAAGGAAAAAAUUAAUAAAAAAACUAGCAGAGGGAGAGAAGGGAGAUUAUCUCCUCACCACUAUCUUUCCAUCCCUGUGAUCAGUGUGUGAGAGAAUGACAGAUAAGUAAUUUGCAAUAAGGUGAGAAGUCUUAGGCCACAGCUCCUCCCCUGUCCUUGUUUCUGGCCCAAUCAGAUGGGAUUAUAGAUCUUUUAUGCCAGUGAGCUCCCUCGUCAUGACUGUAAGAAUUAGAUGAAGCAGAGUCCAGCAGAUAGGAAAAAUAAGAAACUAGAGUCUCAGAAGAGAAGCAAAGAGAGGAAGAAGAAGGAGUGAGUAAGACCAAGUGGAAACAGGAAUGAAGUAUCCUACUGCAUCUCAGAGUAGAUCUCUUUUAGAUAUGGAAGUAGCAAACUAUUGUGAAGGCCUGGAUCCAUCAUACAGCACGCUGGGCUUUGAGAAUGCAGAGGUGCUCUGUGGAGGAGGAGACAGCAUGCCGACAGAGUCGAGCCUGCCAGUCGGACCAGACGGGGUGGCCAGUAACUGUGCCAUCUGUGGAGACAAAGCCACAGGGAAACACUACGGAGCCUCCAGCUGUGAUGGCUGUAAAGGCUUCUUCAGACGCUCCAUACGCAAGAGCCACGUCUACACCUGCAGGUUCAGCCGACAGUGCAUCGUGGAUAAAGAUAAGAGGAACCAGUGUCGUUUCUGCAGACUUAACAAAUGCUUCAGGGCUGGCAUGAAGAAAGAAGCUGUACAGAAUGAGAGAGAUCGGAUCAGCUCCCGAAGAAGUAUCCCUGACACCCAGGACUUGCCACCCAUUACUAUUUUGGCCCAAGCUGAAUCUCUGUCCCAACAGAUUACUGCUUCUGUUGGAAUAGCAGACAUAUCGGAGCAGAAGUCAGCCACUGUCGGAGAUGUAUGUGAUUCUAUGAGACAACAGUUGUUGUUGUUGGUGGAAUGGGCCAAGUACAUUCCUGCAUUUGGAGAACUGCCACUGGAUGACCAGGUGAGUUUGCUCAGGGCUCAUGCAGGGGAACACCUUUUGCUUGGGGUCGCCAAAAGAUCAAUGCCCUUCAAGGACUUCCUGCUUUUAGGUAUUGGCUGUGUGAUCCACAGAAACAGUCCUGAACAAGAGAUUUAUAAGGUAGCCAACCGAGUGCUGGAUGAGCUGGUCCAGCCCUUUCAGGAUAUUCAAAUAGACGAAAAUGAGUAUGCAGCGCUCAAGGCUAUUGUCUUCUUUGACCCAGAUGCAAAGUCUUUGCGGGACCCAUCAAAGAUCAAGGCCAUUCGUCUGCAGGUCCAAAUGAGUCUGGAAGACUACAUUAAUGACCGUCAGUAUGACUCCAGGGGUCGUUUUGGAGAGCUGUUGCUCCUGCUGCCCACCCUGCAGAGCAUCACCUGGCAGAUGAUCGAACAGCUCCAGUUCAUUAAGCUCUGCGGCCUGGCCAAGAUAGACAACCUGCUGCAUGAGAUGCUGCUGGGAGGCCUUACGUCAGAGCCCACACACGUGCACCACCCAGCACACACCCAGCUGGCCCAGGACCCUUUGACUGGACACACACUGGUCAUCAGCACCAUGCCUGCUGCUCACACUCCACAUAUAGCCUCUCCAGACACACCCAUCCCAUCGCCCCCUCAGGUACCUGCCCCAGAGAAGUACAAACACUUUCCUCCAGCCAGCCCCUCGCCUUCCACACAGACAGAUCUCUGACUUCUCCCUGCACUCUGUCAAAGAAGAUGACAUGGGCACAGUUUUCUUGUCCCCUAUUCAUCAUCCCAGUCAUGGUAUAAAGAUUAUGAAAGUAAUCUGUGCUCAGUGUCUGUGGUUGGACUUUACCCUGCUUCUUGUCCCUGUGACUCCUGGUGGUGUUGCAAUAACCAAGACAUAAUUAAAGCUGCUGCGUGCAGCACUUUCAAACUUCAAUAUGUCACUCUCUAAUGCAGUGAACUAAUGAAACACCAAACUAGGGAUUAACAAAAUAGGCUUUGCAUUUUUGUGGUCAACUAAAACUAAUACACUGUUAAUUCAACCCACACAUUCAACACAG